CUUUCUUGUCAUGUGUUCAGUGCUCUUUGUUUUGAAGGAGACCGGAUUGUGCUCCCCGGAGUUGUGUCAUCAUUGUGUGAUCCCUGAGCACAGCAGAGCGGGAGCCGGGCACUACACCCCGUGCAGGAGCAGGCAGAUCACCUCGUUUGCCACUUCUGAAGCUGAAGUGUAUCUUAUGGCCUGGAGGAGCAAAGCAUCAACUGUCUGCCAGGACUCAGAUCACUAAUAGAUGCAGUCUUGAGAAGAUCACAGGGUUCCAGGUUUCGUCUAGGUGUGUGAAUGUGGAAGUCGUUUUAAAAACUGGGAGAGGCGGAGGAUUUUGGGUUAACUCAGGCAGAAGAAUAAUUCUUCCAAAGCUGUUGUGUAUCCUCACAACUGAACAAUGGUACUCAUAUUAGGACGCCGAUUAAACAGAGAGGAGAGUGGAGUUCGUGAGUCUCCUGCAACUAAGAGAAAAGUCUUUGAGAUGGACCAAAAGUUGUCGGGUCACGAAAUGUUUGAUUUUAAUUCUGGUUCUUCCCAUUCUGAAAGUAUCCUGCAAGUCUUCAAUGAGUUUCGGGAGAACCGUUUGUUUACUGAUGUCAUCAUAUGUGUGGAAGGCAGAGAGUUCCCAUGUCACAGAGCUGUCCUCUCAGCCUGUAGCAGCUACUUCCGGGCCAUGUUCUGCAAUGAUCACAGAGAAAGCCGGGAGAUGUUGGUGGAAAUCAAUGGGAUCUUCUCUGAAGCUAUGGAUUGCUUUCUGCAGUAUGUCUAUACAGGGAAAGUCAAGAUCACAACUGAAAAUGUCCAGUAUCUUUUUGAAACCUCCAGCUUGUUCCAGAUCAGUGUGUUGCGUGACGCAUGCGCCAAAUUUUUGGAAGAGCAGCUUGACCCAUGCAAUUGCUUAGGAAUCCAACACUUCGCUGACACUCACUCACUGAAGACACUCUUCACCAAGUGUAAAAUGUAUGCACAGCAGUCAUUUGAAGUUGUUGUCCAGCAUGAAGAGUUUUUGGAGCUGGGAAAGGCUGAAGUCAUUGACUACAUCAGUAGUGAUGAUUUGGUUGUCAGCAAAGAAGAGUUUGUGUUUGAGGCUGUCAUGCGGUGGGUGUACCACCACGUAGAUUUCAGGAGACCUAUGUUGCAUGAACUCUUGACACAUGUUCGGCUACCUCUGCUGCAUCCUAAUUACUUUGUGCAAACCGUAGAAGUUGAUCAGAUAAUCCAGAACUCCUCAGAAUGCUACCAGCUGCUCCAUGAAGCCAGGAGAUAUCACAUACUCGGAAAUGAGAUGAUGUCACCACGGACCAGGCCACGCAGGUCUACUGGCUACUCUGAGGUCAUUGUGGUAGUCGGAGGUUGUGAACGUGUUGGAGGCUUUAAUCUUCCUUACACUGAAUGCUACGAUCCAGUGACCGGAGAGUGGAAAUCACUGGCAAAGCUUCCAGAAUUUACAAAGUCAGAAUAUGCAGUGUGUGCCUUAAGAAAUGACAUUCUUGUCUCAGGUGGGAGGAUCAACAGUCGUGACGUAUGGAUCUAUAAUUCUCAGCUAAAUAUUUGGAUCAGAGUUGCCUCCUUGAACAAAGGAAGAUGGCGUCAUAAGAUGGCUGUCCUUCUAGGGAAGGUUUAUGUGGUUGGGGGAUAUGAUGGACAGAACAGGUUGAGCAGUGUUGAAUGCUAUGAUUCAUUUUCUAAUCGGUGGACAGAUGUGGCUCCAUUAAAGGAGGCUGUGAGCUCGCCCGCCGUUACAAGCUGUGUUGGCAAAUUAUUCGUGAUUGGAGGAGGACCAGAUGACAACACGUGUUCUGACAAGGUUCAGUGCUACGAUCCAGACACAAACUCUUGGUUACUACGCGCGACAAUUCCUAUAGCAAAGAGAUGUAUUACAGCAGUGUCCUUAAAUAACCUCAUCUAUGUUGCCGGAGGGCUCACAAAGGCAAUUUACUGCUACGACCCCGUGGAAGAUUACUGGAUACAUGUGCAGAAUACAUUCAGCAGACAGGUGGUAGGGCCUUCUGAAUUGAACACAGUUCUCAAGGAGAACUGCGGUAUGUCUGUCUGCAAUGGGAAAAUCUUCAUACUUGGUGGACGAGGUGAGAAUGGAGAGGCGACAGACACCAUCUUAUGUUACGAUCCGGCAACCAGCAUCAUUACAGGGGUGGCAGCUAUGCCCAGACCAGUCUCAUACCAUGGCUGCGUGACAAUUCACAGAUACAACGAGAAGUCCUUCAAAAUGUGACCUCCUGGAGAAGAAGGGACUAAUACACGAACACAAUUAAAGGACACUUUACUAUCUGCAAACUGGUCAUUUAUUCAGGCCAUCGAAAAUGUUUGGGAUCCCGUCACGUGGUUUAAAAUGAAGCACCAAAGGGACCAUGUGCUUUCUUACCACAGGUGGGGUGUCACCAGAGAGAAGCUGAGGCCUACAGGUGAAAGUGUGGGGCGAGAAGAUGAUGGCGGUGCUCAGCAAUAGAUCGCACAUUUUUCAGAUUUUUUUUUUUUCAUUCUUUUAAGUACGCCAAAUAGAUUUUGUGCGGCCAAUGCCUUAUUAUUUAUCGGCGUGCCGAAAGGACUAUCUGUAUUAUUUGUAAAAAAAAACAACUAUUUUUUCUAUGCACUCUUUUCUAUGUGUGUAUGCGUCCUGAGUGUAUUUAAAACAUGAAUCGCAUGAAAGCAUUUUGUGAUUUCAGGAUUACGCAGAUGGUAGAGGUUCUUGUGUAUUGCCCUUUAGUAUCAUUGAUUUUGCCUGUGUGGGGGGCGUUCACUGUAUAAACGGUAUUUCAAGCGUAGUUGAGAGGUAACGACAAGCUACUGGUAAAAUACUGCUAUUGUAAGUUCUUGUAUGUACUUACCCCUAAUGUCUAGCUAAACCUGGAAGGAGUAAAACAACAGCACCCUUGUCCAUGGGCUGCGUCCGUUAUUGCAGCUCAGCUCUAUUUACUGCAUUGGGGACCCGUUGCAGUACCUAACACAGCCCACGGACAGAGGUGGCGCUCUUUCCAGAAACAAAAAUGCAGAUCCUGUAUUCUAACACUGGGCAAAUGGAUCACUAUUCAUUCAGUGGACAAACAGAUCAGACAAGAUUUUGUUGCAUUCAGACUAUUGUGCCUACACAAGGAGUAGAUAUCACAGAUGGUAAUUUUCUAGUGAGUCCAACCCUAGUUGGUAUGCCCAGGUAAGACAGAGCAGCUUUAGUUUAUACCUACAGUAUUUCCAACUCAAACCAAUAAAAGCAUUGUGUUUGGUGGACCCUGAUUACACACAAUAUUUGCAGCAGUGCAGUAAGUGAAUCCAGAGGCGUAGCUAUGGGCUCCUGGGCCCAGGUGCAAGAGUUCAGCUUGGGCCCCCCUUCCCUCAGUGCCUUGUGGCCAGGGGCAGAGAAGCACAUUGCCUUUGUGCUGCCUGACGCAAAAAUUUAAACGACAACCCCCCCCCGCCCCCCCCCCAUGCCAAAUUCUUGACCUCACCCCUUUCCUCCAGCCAGAGGUGUAACUUGACCAGCUCUCUAUAAUACCAGUGUCUUCUUAUGUGGCACAAGGGUCUUUGGGCCCCCUAUAGCUACGCCCCUGGGUGAAUCAGUGCUAUCCUCUACUAGGUGCAGCGGUGUUCUCCUCUUUAGGGCUCGUACACACGACCGUUUGUAUUUUGAGGUCUGCAAAACACAGAUCCCCCCCCAAAAAAAUCCAUGUGACGUCCGUGUUACAUCCUUUUUUUUUUUUUGUGGAUCCAUUGUAACAAUGCCUAACCAUGUACGCAAAAUGGACAAGAAUAAGACAUGUUAAAUUUUUUAUCAAAACUGACUUGCGGACAUACAGAUACUGAAAGCAUACAGAGUCAUUUCCGGUUUUUUGCAGCCCCGUUGAAAUGAAUGGUUCCCCAUACGGGCCGCAAAACAAAACAAAAAAACAGAACGGACACAGACAAAAGAUACGUUUGUGUGCAUGCGCCCUCACCAAAGUUUUAACAGGAUUUAAAAAGUCUUUAGGGUACAAUGUCCUCUUUUGAUUUUGCUUUUUGAGAAAAGUCCACAGUGGCACAAAUCGUAUGGAUUUUGUGCGGUUUAUGGUGCGACAAUGCGGCAGAUUUCACCCAAGUGACAACAUGCAGCAGAUAAGGUAAAUUGACUUACUGCAGAUGUAAAUUCUGCAUGGCAUGUCCAGUUAUGUGUGGAUUCCAGUGUGGACACUCUCUGCAGUGUGUGAGGCUGAUUUCGUCACAUCUAUCCACUUCUCUGCACCCGUAAACACUGUGGCGUUUCUGCAUGCAGUUCUGCAGUGUUUUUGCUACAUGUGGCGGUACCUUUUAAAGUGAUCGGUCUUCAUAUGCCCCGUAUAAAUAUGGAGUGAAAUGAUUCAAUUCUGGCUGCCUACAGCCACCAAUAGGGGGAGCUUCAGAGCUUACUUGAUGCAAAUGUAUACAUUGAACUCAGUAAUGAAAGAGUACAGAGCAAGAACCUACCUUCUCCCAGCCAGAAUAUUAUCUAUGUGUACCUAUAGGACUAUAGAGGUCAUUUGAGCUGUGUAUUAUAACGACUAAGCUUCCACUGCUAUAAAAGUGUAUCCAGAAACUAAUCAGCAGAGAAACUUGGUGAUGGAAUAACAGGGUGUUCAAAGGUGGAAUUUAAGAUUCACUUUAAAAUAAUGCUGGUUGCUGUUUAAAGAAGUUUUUUCGGAUCUUAAAAGGGGUUGUCCUGGAUUGGAAAGGUAUAGCUGCUUUCUUCCAAAAAUAGCACCACCUCUCUCCAUGGGUUGUGUAACACCUCGGCUCCAUUGGAGUCAAUAGACAAAGCUGCUGUUUUUGGACAUUUUUUUUCUAAUCUUGGACAACUCCUUUACGCACUGGUUUCCAGCAGAAUGCAGUGAUUCCCAUGUUCUCUCCAAUGUUUGUCUCCUGAGAUGCAAUAGCGGGCUGAGCUGUCCUACAGAUAGCGCCUGUGUAAAAAAUGAGAGGGAUGCGGUUCCCACUGGUGCGCCACCGCCCCUUCUUUCUGCUGAUCGGCGGGCAUGACAUUGAUAGAUGAUCCCUUUAAUGACUUCUCCUGGAUGAGGUUCCUGUCUCUGGACGACUCUAGCAAUGGAAUGUAAGGUUUGUUCUCAGCUUUGGGCCAUCUAAAGAUUGCUGCAUUGCCAAGAGAUGUACCAAAAAUAUAAAUCAAAAGUUUGGCCAGUUUUGAUCCAAACAUUUGCCAUUAUAUGUUUUUAAAUCACAUUUUUUUUCCUAAAAUUUAUAGUAUGUUCAUUAUUAAUUGCUUUUAAUUUUUUCAUAAUUUUUUAAUAUUUUUUAUUAUACGUCUGGCUAUAGGUCUGAUCCAUGUGAAGCAAGUAGAACAGUAAGUUUUGCAGGCAGAUUUUACAGAAGUGUGUUUUUGUGUAGGAGCUUUAGACUUCUUUCAUAUAUAUAUAUACAGUAUAUAUUAUUUUCCGAGCUGUGUGUCUUCUAAAUCCCGCAGAUCCACUGAUCGCCAGGACUAUACCUGUGGCUACAUGCGAUGUGCCUUCCAGUUUUCUAUUUGCUGUCUUAGUUAUUAUUGGCAUUGCUGAACAUCACUUUAAAAACUUCUCUGUAUUGUGUUUGCGUGUGAACUGCUGUUAGUAGAAAAUAGUUUUCAUUAAAGGGGUUUUCCAAGAUUAUGACCCUGAUUUAUCAUAGCCCAGCGCACUGCCGAAUGCUGAGCCUGACUUAUGACACGGCAUGCGCCUCAUCAUAAAUUAGGUGCACCAUCCGGCCACUGGCCCAGCCCCCUCCCUGCCUUUUGGCCAGAGUGGCGAGAUCGGCAAAGUAACAGCACUUGCUCCAAACAAAUUGGAGGCCAGGAACCGGAAGAAAGCCAAAUGGAGCUGAAACAGAGCAGCGGGGAGCAGCUACACUUAUUAUUACAUAAGGUUCCACUCGCUCCACGGGCUAGUUAAAAAGGGCCAUAAUCCUGGAAAAACCCCUUUAGGUUUAAUGUUAUUAAUGGUUUUACUUGGGCCCGAGCUAAUCUAUCAUGCAAUUUCAGAAUUAACUCUCCUUAUUAGCUGAAUAGCAGAGUGAGCAAUCCAAAGCUACAGAGCAGCAAGCCGGGUUCGCCAUGGUUGCAUUUAGAAUUCAUCAAACUAUUGACUGGCUCUUUGAAAGGCUGCAGAGCAGUUGCAGGAAUCUGGAUGUCCCUUCUUUCUAAGGGUACUUUCACACUAGCCCUAGGGGCUCAAUACCGGAAAAAAAAUGAUCAGUUUUAUCCUAAUGCAUUCUUAAUGGAGAGCAAUCCGUUCAGGAUGCAUCAGGAUGUCUUCCGUUCAGUCACUGUACGGUUUUUGGACUGAGAAAAUACUGCAGCAUGCUGAAAUGCCGGCAUUAUUUUUCAUUGAAAUGCAUUAAUGCUGGAUCCGGCCACAAGUGUUCUAGAACAAACGGAAUCGGUUUUGCGCAGACCUUUAAAAAUGUGAAAAAGAUAAAUACCGGAUCCGUUUUUCCGGAUGACAACCGGAGAGACGGAUCUGGUAUUGCAAUGCAUUUGUGAGACUGAUCCGUCUACAAAUGGUAUCCGUUUGCAUACAGAUUGCCUGCCGGAAAUCAGCAACGCAAGUGUGAAAGUACCCUAAAGGCCCCCAUACACAUUAGACUAUUGUCGACCAAACCCACUGUCCGACAAUCUAAUGUCUAUAGGGCGCUCUCAACGCUGCCCCAACAGCUGAUGUUGGGGAAGAGAAGGAUCGGGAACUUUGAAUUUCAGCAAAUGAACCUUUUGUUCUUCUGGGAGGAUUUCUGCUCUUUCCCCGUUGAAGACUCAUAUAGAUUCGCCCGAGCUGAGCCCUGAGACAGAAAAGAUAGCUGUAGGAUACCUAUAGCAGGUGUAUGUGCACCAUGAGGCCUCGUACACACAACCUUACUACAGAUCUGGGUUGUAAUCUGUGCAUACAAAUAUAUGGAAUGUGUGGUCCCAUAUAGUAACUCCAUAUUUAUCUCAUUUCAUACAGUGAUGUGGAGGUUUUUCCUCAAGGAUUCUUUCUGAAUUUAUAGAAAGUAUGUGGUGGUGUGUUUUCAUUGGAUGCCGUAUUAUGGCGGUAUUCUUCCCUAGGAGCAUUGAUUUUAGAGUUGAGUUUGGUGCUUCACAGAGGCUUCACACUGUCUAAUGUUCUCUAGUACUGAAUUGUAAUGCUAAAGAGCUAAAGCUAGUUUGAUGGUCUUUAGCAGGCUGUUUCGGCAGCUCUGUGGAUCCAGCAUGGCCAAAUGUUACCGCAUGUAGCCACAGAUAUGGCAAGGCGAGAGCUCCAGUAGGCUGUUGUGGCAGAGGACAGCCUGCAGGAGCUCUCUGGAUCUGGCAUUAGUCAGAUGUUACUGCAAUGCCCACCGGCCCCAUUGACACUAGUUGGUGUCCACAUAUUGAUAAAACAGAGAAGUUCUUUGAUUUAGGCCUCGAGCCUGAUGCAGAAGUCUGUAACCCCAUACCAUGGAGCUGUAGGCACUCCAUAUGACUCUUCAUAGUGCUCCGUGCGCCGCCAUACUCUUGUAGGAAUAUAUACCCCCAUAAUACAGCAUACUCCAUGCUACAUGCUUUUCUAAUUCUUCAUUUCGUAAGACAUUAGUUUAGCCAAGUCUAUCAUCUGUCCUUGUUAACUUUUCACAGAUAAAACUCUCAUGCCUGCUUGCACAUAACAAGCGUAUCUUAAGUGCAAUUUUUCUUUGCCAGUUUUUUACCAGUACUGAUAUCUUUUAACUGGUUUUCACCUCAUUUGGACAAAGGGAUGAUCUGCGUGCCUGAGUUUUGUAUUGUAUAUACAAACUGUAGAGGAUUUCCUUCUUGCAAUAGGGACGCGCUUGGUAAUUGUUAGUACAUAACGAUACUGCAGAGUUGACAGCAUCUCGUCAUUGGGAUUUCCUUCCACAAAUCUGAAAUCUGUUAAAAUGUUCAUUGAUGGACACAAACCCGGAAGUUAUGAAGGGAGACUAGAGGAUGGAGCAGUUACCAGGCGGCCCGGAGCCUUUAUUUUUGUACAGUAAUGCUUUAUUUUAGUGUAUUUUUUUUUUCUUGAAUAUGUUGGAACGGUUUCCUGUGUAAUAUGGCAAUUAUAAUAUUGUUACUAAUGUCUGAUCUUAAUAAAGAUUAAAAAAAUUA